CUUUAUAUUACCACAGACCCACAAUCGAUUAAAAAAAACGCAACAGGGAUCGAAGGAACGGCGACGUUCUAAUUCAAUAUAUUCUAUUCAAGAAAUAAAAAAUUUGGAAAAGAAAAUAAAUAAAGACAUGGAGACAAACAGUGCUACACGGAAUACACGGAAAAGAAACAAUAGAUAUGCCACGAAUCGUAACGAUUAUAAAAAACGUAAAUCUAUCUUGCAACCCGGUAUGAUGGGAUUUUUAUGCACGUGCAACUAUCACGAGAAAGGCUGUGUUACUGAUGCCUACAGAUUGCUCAAUCUGUUCUCGGAUGAGAAAUCUGCAUCAGACAAGGAGUCUGCAACAUCAAGCGCAAUUAAUACAUUUGUUAAAAAGAAAGUUGAUAAAUUAUUAGAGGAAUCUGACAUCAAAGAUGAAGAUAUAUCAACUGCUUUAGAGAAAGAAAUCAAUGAAUUAAAAACAGAGCAUGAGAUGCCAUUACCUUUCCGAAAAUUUCAAGUAGUAGACACAGGUGUUAAAAAUAUGAUUUUUAUAGCAAGUACCAUACCAAAUCCAUUACAGCUGGUUACCAAAAUUGUCUCUGAGUUAGAUACAACCAAAAAGCAAUGUACUAGAUAUUUAUUAAGGUUACUUCCGAUUGAAGUUGUAUGUAAAGCAUAUAUGGACAAGAUUAAAAUAAAAGCAAGUGAAUUGUUUGAAAGAUAUUUUGCUCAAGAACCUAAGACAUUCAGCAUUGUAUUUAACCAUCGUAACAACAAUAGCAUUAAAAGGGAUGAAAUUAUUGAAGAUUUGGCAGAAAUAAUACUUAAAAAAAAUCCAGGUAAUAAAGCAGAUUUGAAAAAUCCAGAUAUAGCUGUGAUUGUUGAAGUGAUACGUGGCAUUUGCUUACUUUCUAUAGCUCCCAAUUAUUACAAAUUUAAAAAAUAUAAUCUUGUAGAAAUAUGCAACCGUACAAAAAAUAAGAUAUUUGUCAAGCAAGAAUCAAUAGCGUUGGCAAAAGAAGAAAACCAUGAAGAAGAUUCAGAUAGAAUACUAUCAAAUACAAUAAAACAAGAAGAGUAUAUUGAUAAUAAACAAAAUUUGGAUGCACAAAUUGAAGAGAAAGAAUAAGUUACUUAAAUUGUGUAAAAAUCUCAUUGCUUCACAUAAGUUUAUUUAUAU